AUGUCACAGCCGCCUAGAAAAAGACCCCGGCAUACGUCUGAAGUCGACAACAGGCCUGCAAGCGCAGCAGCCUGUGAAAGAUGCCGAUCGCGGAAGGUCAAGGUACAGAGGCCUACUGUCUGCACCAUCUGCUGCGAACUAAUCGCUCAAUGUCAGUGCGGCGCCGAGUUUCCCAGAUGCAAAGGCUGUCUCAAAGCCAAUACUCCGUGCAUAAUUGCCGAUCCAUCGGCCCAAAGACCAUACACCAGAGAGGAAGUAUUUGCACUAGAGCAAAAGUUGAAAGACCUUCAAGAGAGGGUCGCAGCGAUUGAUACUCCAGUUCCAGCCCAAGGUGACCCUGUACCUCCUCGUCAAGCAACUGUUGGUCGAAUCGCUCAUCCAGCGGACGUUGUUCGGUAUGUUGGUCAAGAUACGGGCGUCAGGCUCUUUCACAGUUUCUUACUCUCCAGGCUUCAUUCAGCGUCGGACCGUGUACAGCAGGGUCCAUCGCGGCCAUCAAACGACAUCCCAACACCGCUCACCCGUAUCGAGUACCAUUUACCACAUCCGUUCCCAGCUCCUCACAUCGCUUUGCAAGCUCUUGAUCAUUAUCUCAAAGAUCACAGCUUCAAAGAAUUUCACGUUGCGCACCCGAUUCUCAAGCGGGAGGCCCUGCAAAGCUGCCUAGAGCGGGCUCCAGAUUGGAGCAGCCAAGAAAGGAUCAACUUGAGAGAUGAGCAGAGGCACGACAUCUUCCAGCUCUACAUGGCCAUUGCUAUUGGCAGCAUACGACUCUUUCGAGAAAAGACAUUUGACCAGCAUCCUUUCGGUUUCUUUACUGCCGCUUUGGAGAUGAACCCUCCUGCAGAGUCUCGUUAUAACACACUGGGGAAUAUCGAAAACCUCAUAUUAAUUGCUCGCUUUGGUGUCUAUUAUAACAUAGGAUGCUCACUGUGGGAGCUAAGUCGUCUCUGUAUGAGGAGUUGCAUCGAGCUGGAUCUACAUAGACGACGGCCCAAAUUAUGCGGCACUGAUGCCUCGCUCCUCCAACAGUGUCAGAGGGUCUUUUGGGAGGCUUAUCUCUUAGACAGGUUCUCGUCGAGGACUUUAGGGCGUCCAUUCGCAGUAGCGGACAGGGUCAUCUCCACUGAUAUUCCGUCGCCCGACGAGGAAGACAUCUCAGUUUUCCAAUGGCUGAUAGGAAUCGGACGCCUUUCCUCUGAAAUUCAAUCCGCAAUGGAGGAGAGAAGACCGAAAUCCGCAUCACCUAUUACUGGUUCAUCUGCAACUUCAACUCCCGACCUUGGUGAAGUCUUGUGUCAGUUACGUCGUUUUCAUCACGAUCUAGGUAGUUGGCAUGAGUCAGCACCAUCGUUUAAUAACCCGAGCUGCUUGUUCGAAACAAGAGAAUUCUUUGAGUUGACAUACCAGGAAGAACGACUUCGUCUCAUCCGCGCAACUAUUGAGGUUUUGGGCUCGAAAGUAAUGCUACCGCCUGAUUUACUCCUCGGGCCCUGCCUGCAAGCCGCUCGCGCAAUUAUCUGUUCCUUUGCUGCUUUGCGAGGUUGGAAUAUGAUUACUUUCUCGAGAUCUUAUAUGCAUCUUAUAUUCACCGCAGCGUUGGUUAUCGUCGCAGUGCUCGAGACGCGCACUCAUCCACAGGAUGGACGGAAUCACAAGACACGGUCGUCUGGAAUAGAUGCUGAUGACUGGCUGCGAGAUCUCGUUGAUGACCGGUGGAGCGCUGAAGCGAGAGAUAUAUGGAAUGAUCUAUCUAUAGCUGGUUCAUUGCUAUCGUGGUUCGCAGAUUCUAUGCCAGAUAUGACUGUGUAUAACCAGUUUUUCCAAAGGUUACGCCACCAGCUGGAGACAGCAGGGUCCUCAAGGGAACAGCCUCCGCAGCUGAUGCUGGAAAGUGCUGCACCGGGUUAUGAAGCACAUCCACCCCGUAACAGCCCGCCCUCCGAUACUUCAAAUGCUGAGAACAACACUGCCUUGAACUAUGGGGAUCCGCUGGGUAUGGAUGGCAUGAACGCACUUGACCUCACAAGCAUUCAGGUAGAUAACCCACAAUUUGGAGCGCUGAGUGAGGGUGGAAUGCCAGAAGGAUGGCCACUUGCGUAUGUGUUAGGGGUAGAGGGCAUCUCGGCGGGCUUAUCUGAGUUUGUGUGGGAUACCGUGGUUCCAUGGGAAGAGUCGCCUGCAAAUUCAUCAGACUUUUAG